CCUUCUAGCGUAUCUGUCCUUUUUAUAACAAUUUUUUAGUUGCACAGCAUCCAAAUUUAUACUCUUCUUUUGAUAGCGUCUUUUUUCUAAUAGCGUUCGCCAUUUGUCUACUAGAUAACAACGAGAUUUUCGAUAGCGAAUUGCGAACAAUUAUCAAUAGGGGGUAAUUCUUCGCCCAAUGACCGACGAACCCCAGAAUAUUAGCACCUGGCCAAAUGCGUUACUCAGUCUUCGAGAUGAACAUGCCAUUUAUUCGCGAAUUAGCGACAGACGACGUCGAGCUUUGUCGUUAUUCUUUCCAGGGGCAAUUUUCCAAGAGGGAACUAACGCUAACGGCAGCACUGGUAGCGGGGUUGGCGGUGGCGCUGAUGAAUUAAAUGAUGAAAUGCCUACUUGGCAAAAAUGGUUCACUUUUAUCUUAUUGCCGGUGAUCAUCGCUUUGCUAUGGUAUUGUCUAUACAACAAUUCACUGGUCUCUCCAUACCGGAUUUACCUGCCGGCGUGCAAUGCAACCUUUGAGAAUCUUGAGAGGGCGUUUCCGUCGCAACCAGCCCACGUAUGGACCGCUAUACAAAAAGUUAAACAAACUGCUUCGAAGGGACGAACUCCUGGUGUUCUAACAAUACUGGCAAAUGCGGCCGAUAAACAUCUUCUGAAUCAAUUUGCAUUAUCGGUUGCCUAUGCUUUGGGUAAUAGCCAAUCGCCGGUGUGGAAUGUCAUCAAUAUAAAUGGAAGUGAAAUAAGUAUGAUUGCGUCCCCCAAAAAAUCCCUCAUGUUGACCUUCUUUAAGGAAAAAAAAUUUGUCGCAAUCGUCAAUGAUCUAGACAAGAUGAAUGCGAGCUUUGUAUCGCUGUUUCAUUCCCUCACUGACGAGCUAACUUGGUUCAACGGAAGCAUGUUCAUCUUUACCGUGACUAGCUUGGAAAAUGUAGAGGAAUUGUCAAGGGAUAAGUGUGCCGUUACCGCAGAACAGGUCUUGAUCAAGGCUUGGAAGGACCAGCUCCCUCUACACUAUCGGUCGGCAUUAGUCGCUAGACUAACUGGCAACACUUUGGUGGUAAAGCGUGAACAGUCAUUUAAUCAAACAUAAAAUAAAAACAAACUAGA